CAACGAUAUUUCGGUUAAGAAUUUAAAAAAUAUCGAAUUAUCGAUUCUCACGUAGAUAUUAUAUGCAAAACGUAACAGCCUGUAGAACGCGUAACAGCCUCAUAACAUUGCUCACAGCUGCCACUCUGCUGUUAUUGUUCAAUCUAACUGGCUGCAAACAUGAAACUGUGUCAAGUUUGAAAAAGGACAACUCAACGCGCAGUCAGUCAAAGCAGCACCGUCCAGGCAACAGGUUGUGAACCUAAACUAACGAAUCGACUAACACAAGCCACAAAAAGACGUGAAGAAGAAGACGAAGCAGCAGGAGAGGGAAGGAGCAACAAUGCACCAUCGAAGGAACGGUCAGUGUCAGCCAUUGGUGGGCAAUGGCGACUGCAAGGAAGAUGCAACAUCAUCUCCAGCUUCCGCUUCAGUUCCAGCUCCGGUUCAGGUUCCAACUGUAGCUCCAGUUACUGCUUGCCAAACGCUGUCGACAAGUUGUGGGUGUUAUUUUUCAUUGGCCUGCUCGAUUGGUUCCAUGAGUUUGGCGUGUGGCAGUUUGUGGAACAUUCCCAACACCACCGACCGCCUCUCGUUGCAACGUGGAUUAUUUCUCACCUCACUGGGAUUCAUCUAUUUCGUGUCCCUGACGGACUUUUGCAACAAAUAUCUGCUUGAAACAAAACGGGGACAACAAUUUCGGCACAAAUAUCGACUCAUGAUAUCCGAUGUACUUGAAAUAACCAAUAAAAUUGUGUCGGCCAUUCAGGCAUCGUUCUCUUUCCUGGUUGGCCUCAUCGUCUGCAAGUCAACUUGCAGCAAAUCUUUUGUAUAUGCCUCUCACUUUCUAAUGGAGGCCUAUGGGUGGUUCGGUACCGCCUACUUUAUGUAUGACAUUUGGGCAAUGUACAAGGUGCACACGCAGAAGAUUGCCGACAAGUUGCAUUUGUUGCGAUUGACAAAGGCGCAACCUUUGAGCAAUGGACAUGCCAGAAGUUACUACGAUAAAGCUGGAUGUGGUGGUGCAGGUGGUGCCACCACCCGAGUUGGCAACAACAAUGGCAGCACACCGAGCACACCCCAUGAAAUCUGUGACUAUGACGGUGCCAGUAUUGAGAUCCCAAAGGAUGGACGCUGGGAUUUCUUGAAGUAUGUGCUAACUCAUCCGGUUAUGAUGAUACAUCAUGUAUUUAUUGGGACAUUUGGACUGCUUGUGGUUACGUAUAUACGAGGAGGAGGACAUUGCAUCUAUAGCUACAUGUUCAUGAUGGAAUUCUCCACGCCAUUUGUCUCGCUUCGCAGCAUAUUGAGCACCAUGAAACUGAAGGAUACCCGGGCAUAUGUCAUCAAUGGAUUGGCCAUGCUGGGAACGUUCUUUGUGUGCCGCGUGUGCAUGUGGCCAUAUGUGAUGUGGCGUUAUAGCCUGGCCAUUGACGCGGCAUCGAUGUGGGCGGCAGUUUCGGGCUUGCCACGUGGUUGCCUCAUAAGCAUUGCCAUAUUGUUCUUGCCGCAACUCUAUUGGUUUUAUUUGAUGGUCAUGGGGGCGCUAAAGGUGUUUCUGCCAAAGCGACGGAAGUUUCUUAGCAAUGCCGAGCUAAAGCCGAAUACCCUAACGGCCACGCCCACGUUGCCGCACAUGGUCACGCCCACCGCCAUAAUAAAUGGCAAAAAGUAGUGCAAAUUGUCAACUGUUUGUUAAAGUUUUAUGAGAUCGCAAAAGGAAAUUCCCCCUUCCAAUGCAUAGCUAUGAUUACGACUAUAUAAAGUUUAUUUCUAAUUUAACGCCCCCCUCCCAUCCUAUUGUUCCCUUUACUCAUAUUUUCUUUUCUAAAGCUACAUAUGUGUCUAUAGUAUGUAUAUCUUUAACAAAUUGUAUUUUUUUUUUUUUUUUGUAAAUGUUAUAUGCCAAGCUUAAGGAGCUUUUUAGGCAGCUGAACAAUCCAAUCCCCAACUUUAUACUAUAAAUAAAUACCAACAACAAGAACUAAAAGAACAACCUGAAAAGCAAAGCAAAACGCAAACAGACAGACAAAUGUUUAGCUUGAAAUGAAAGAAAUUGCUUACUUUUAAAGACCUUACUAAAAACAAAUCGAACACAAAAGAAAAAUGAAAAUAAUAAAAAAAAACGAAAACAAAAAUGAUAAAAAAAACCAAACACUAUAUCGAUGUUAUAGUUGAAAUGUCAAAACUAUGAUCAACGUUAUAUGCGUAUUAUCUAUUAUAUUUGAUGUCUAAGUUUUUGGGUAUUAACACCAGGGCAAUGAAUUGUUAAAUCAUGAAAAGAAGUUUGAACAUAUGUAUAUGUAUAUCCGAUAUUUCCGAUAGUUAUACCUUUAGGUUAUGUAGCAUCAAAUGCUGUUGUUAAGUUUUAUGUAUUUGUUUUUAAAAGAGGCUGCAUACUAAAUUUGCUAACUCUAGGGCUUAUUGUCUUAUAGUAUGUAUGUAACAUUCAACCAAUUCAUCUGCCCAAACGUGAAUACCCCGAAUGUUUCAGAUAAAUUAUUAAUAUCUAAUCUUUGGCAAGCCAAAGAAACCAAUAUGUACCUUUUGCAGAUCCUUUGAUUGAGAACUAUACUCUAAAAAUCUUAAGUGUUUUCUGAUUUGAAAGUGACAUUGUUGAGGAUAGAAAAGUAUUUCAAUUUAAAUCCACUGCAAGGACAUAAAACUCUUUAAUCUGACUAAAUAAUUGUUGUAGAUGUGAUAAAACUCAAAUGAUAGAUCAAAGUAGAAUCAAAAGAAUCUUUUGACCCCAAGCAUGCUUAAGAUCUUCCAAAUGUCUUAACUGUAUUAUACAUGAAAAUGAAAAGUCUUUAACAAAAAUACCUAUAUACUAUAUGAGUGUAUUUACAGCAUUUCCAGAUAACAAAUAUGUAUAUUUUUCGAUUUCUUAUUUUUUGAUAUAAUCUAUUUUAUUUUACUUUUUAUCUUUUUAGUUUCUUUUGCCUUAAAUCGAAUUCCAAUGGAGCUUAAAAAAUCAAGCGAUAAUUUAAAACGAGCACAAAUGAGUUAACUAUACUAAAUAUAAACAAUAUACAAAAUUAUGUAUUAUUGUAUGUACUAGAUAAGUAGUCAAAUGAUCAGUAAUGAUCGAUCGAUGCGGCAAACGAUUCCAGAAACCAAACCAAAAUCUAAAAAAUUAAACAAACACAAGAGAAAAAAACAAAAAAAUGGAAGCUUAAAAUUGUUGCCUUGAAUGGUGCGCUUAUUGUUCCACGUUGCUGCAACAAGAGAGGAUAUAUAAAUAUAUACAGAUAUAUACUAUAUCCCAACCUAAUAUAUACAUAUACCAAGCUAUAUAUAUUGUACUAAAUGUAUGUAUUUUUUUGAGACACUAAUCGAAUGUAUGGAACUCCCCCGUUAUAUACAAAAACAGCUAAAAGAAAAAAAAACAAGAAACAAAUGAUACAAUUUUGUUUAUGCCUUACCCAAAAAAAAAAAAAAUUGUUCGGUUUGUAAAACAUGAAUAUUAAUACGGUUGUUCUUCGUAUUCCAUCUGGUCAUUCUCUGAGUUAUACACCUUCGGAAAUUCUAGGAUUUAAAGCUGAACCAGGAAACUAUACUAAAUUACAGAUAGUGAAUCAGAAAAUCAAAUUCAAAGCUAUUACUUUUUUUUUUGCCAAAGAAUCCUUAAGGAUAACGAGCCAAGAUGGAAAAUUCUUUGACACGAUAUGGGGAAUGCCUUGAAUUGUUUAUUUUACAGUUUGACAGAUAAUGAUUAAGAUUGGACUAUUAUAUCAUAUAAUAAGACUGCUGGGAUUAUGCAAUCUACGGCACAACGAAACUGGUUUUUCUUUUAUGAAUUUUGCGAUUUUUCUAAAAUUGUUUUACAUUUAUUUUAAAUGAGAGCAUCAAAUAAAGUAUUGUUUAAUGUC